UAUAGAAGUUUAUAAUUUUUUUUUGAUAAUGUCUCUGUAACGAAAAAGGAAAGCUAAUUAUUAUUUGUUUUGUAGCCGUAGCUAGAAAUUUAUGUUACUUGAUUUGAGUUUAUAGGAAGAAGAAUCAUAGAGAGCAUUAAGUCUAUCAAUCAACAGAGAUGAGCAUUUUGUUUCAAAUAUUCGUAAAUAUUAAGAUUUGAACUCUAAGCUUACAAAUCAGCACUUACGAGCUAGGUAGCGUAAUCUUUAUUUAGAAAUAAGAUUAAGAAACAGAGAUAAGCAGGAUUAGUUAAACGGUAAAAUAAUAGUCUAAACUAUAAUUAACUGGGAAUUUCAGAAUAAAAUAAAUAAAUUUUUUGUUACUGCGAGACGACAGCGACGCGACAGGGCGCGCGUCUAUAAAUUGCCUGACCGAAGAUCUCGCUGCCUAGAAAGUGGCAAUCGAGUAACUUUUUCCUAUUUUGUUCUUUCCCUUUCCAUCAUUAAAUUUUCCCAAAAUCCGUUUCCCUCUUUCUUCCUGAGAAAACAUUUUCCCGAUUGGUUUUCCAACCCUCCAAACAGCCUCUUAAGCAAUCAAUCCUCCUUUUCAAUCCCCCCUUUUCCCCCUUCCCGCAUUGCCUGCAUCUCGUGAAUCCUUGCAAUUUGCAGAACAGUACAAGUCUCAACGGAUUCGACACCGCCAUCGAUAGUCAUCCGGUCUCGAUUCUUCCACAUCCUUUCUCCAUCACGAGCUGAACAUAUGAUCCACAAUCGAACCACGAGGAGUUUGUGAUUGAUUAGGAUCGACGAUGACCGGCGGCGAGAGGAGGAGGGAGGCGGCGGCGACGGCGUCGGCUGCGGAGGAGGAGGAGGAGGAAGAGUUCGAAGUGCAGGAUGUGAGGGAGAGAUUAGGUUCUUCGAUGGGGAGCAGAUUCAAUCUGAUUGAUCGGCAGUUCGGUUUGAGCAGGAGGAAUGCCGGCGGCGGCGGAGGAGGGGGAGGGAGCGGCGGAGGAUCCAGCACGAGCAAGUUCAGCCGUCAAUCUCUCAUUAAUGGAUUCCAUUACGUCUCCAAAGGUCUCAUCAUCCAUCCCGAUAACAGGUGGUAUCGUGCAUGGUCGAAGUUCAUUCUGCUGUGGGCAGUAUACUCUUCAUUCUUCACGCCCAUGGAGUUCGGUUUCUUCAGGGGAUUACCUGAGAACCUCUUCAUUUUGGACAUAGUAGGGCAGAUUGCUUUCCUUUUCGACAUUGUUCUGCAGUUCUUUAUUUCCUACAGAGACCCACAAACUUAUCGCAUGGUCUAUAAACGUUCACCAAUUGCUCUCCGGUAUUUAAAGUCUCAUUUUAUCGUUGAUUUGCUUGGUUGCAUGCCUUGGGACAUCAUCUACCAGGUUUCUGGGCGUAGGGAAGAAGUGAGGUAUCUUUUGUGGAUAAGGUUAUGGCGGGUGCGGAGAGUUAUAGAAUUUUUCUACAAGAUGGAGAAGGACAUAAGGAUUAAUUAUCUCUUCACUCGAAUCAUAAAGCUCAUUGUAGUCGAGCUCUACUGUACACACACAGCAGCCUGCAUAUUUUACUAUUUGGCCACUACUCUACCAGCUUCCAGUGAAGGCUACACAUGGAUUGGGAGUCUGAAGAUGGGUGAUUACAGUUAUGCACAAUUCAGAGACAUUGAUAUCUGGACACGAUACACAACAUCUUUAUAUUUCGCCAUUGUGACCAUGGCUACAGUAGGGUACGGUGAUAUCCAUGCUGUCAACUUGAGGGAGAUGAUAUUCGUCAUGAUCUAUGUAUCGUUCGACAUGAUUCUCGGUGCUUACUUGAUUGGCAACAUGACCGCAUUAAUCGUGAAAGGAUCCAAGACGGAGAAGUACAGGGACAAAAUGACGGACCUCAUCAAGUAUAUGAACAGGAAUCAACUUGGAAGGGACAUCCGUAACCAGAUCACAGGCCAUUUGAGGUUGCAGUAUGAGCGUAGCUACACUGAGGCCUCUGUUCUUCAGGAAAUUCCAAUUUCCAUCCGUGCUAAGGCUGUUAGGCUCCAUGAAGAGUUUUUUCUUCCAGGAGAAAUAAUUUUGGAACAAGGAAGUGUUGUAGAUCAGCUAUACUUUGUUUGCCAGGGCGCCCUGGAGGAAGUUGGGAUGGGAGAAGAUGGAUCAGAAGAAACCGUUUCACUACUGCAACCAAACAGCUCGUUUGGAGAAAUCUCAAUCAUUUGCAACAUUCCCCAACCUUACACAGUUCGAGUCUGUGAGCUAUGCAGGCUCCUCAGACUAGACAAACAGUCCUUCUCGGACAUACUUGAGAUAUUCUUCUACGAUGGGCGUAAGAUUUUGAACAACCUCCUACAGGCAAAAGAAGCAACUCUGCGGGAUAAUAACCUUGAAUCAGACAUCACAUUCCACAUAGGGAAGCAAGAAGCUGAGCUUGCUUUGAGAGUCAAUAGUGCGGCUUUCCAUGGGGAUCUCUUCCAGCUGAAGGGUUUCAUUCGAGCUGGAGCUGAUCCCAACAGAACUGAUUAUGAUGGCAGAUCACCGUUGCAUCUUGCAGCAUCGAGGGGUUAUGAAGACAUGGCUAGCUUCCUCAUAGGGAAGGGAGUUGAUGUCGACGUAAAAGGUGCCUCUCUGAACAUAGACGAUGCAGGUAGCUUCCUGUGCACGUCAGUUGUGAGAGGAGACUCUGAUUUCCUCAAGAGGUUUUUGGCCUUCGGGGUUGAUCCCAACUCAAAGGACUACGACCACCGAACUCCACUUCAUGUAGCUGCCUCCGAAGGGCUCUACUUGAUGGCCAAAUUGCUGGUAGAGGCUGGAGCCAGUGUUUUCACAAAGGACAGGUGGGGAAACACGCCAUUGGAUGAAGGCCGGAAGUGUGGGAAUAAAAAUUUGAUCAAGCUUUUGGACGGUGCUAAGACUGCACAGAUGGCAGAAAUGGGUGAUAGCCCUCUGGGAACCAGAGAAACACAUCACUCAAGAAAAUGCACGGUGUUCCCAUUCCAUCCAUGGUGUCCUAAGGAGGAGAGGAAGAGAGUUGGUAUACUAUUAUGGGUGCCAAAGUCCAUUGAAGAGCUCAUAAAAGCUGCAGCCGAGCAGCUGGAGUUUCAGAGCGAGGAAGAUUCCUCUUCUUCUACUUGUGUUGUGACGGAGGAUGGAGGCAGGAUAUUGGAUGCGAAUAUGAUUGACGAUGGCCAGAAAUUGUAUCUAAUCAAUCAAACACGUUGA